UUUCCUCCCACAAGUCACAGCAGCAGGGCGGGGAGGGACGGUGACCUUAUAGCCUCUAUCGUGGCACCAGUACAGGGCUUUAACCAGCCGAGCCUGCUGGGACGAACCCUUUAGUUGCUAAAGUCUGACUUUUGUUGUUCUUGGGUAGUUUAGUUUUUUGUUGAGGUUUUAUUAUUCCAGUAGACAUGAGUAAGGACAAGCAGAGCAAGCAGGUGCCGGAGUGCACCGGACCUCUGUCCCCAUCUAAAGGCCAGAAACCCCCGAGAAUGCCCAAGUGCUCCCGGUGUAGGAACCAUGGCUACGUGUCUCCUCUGAAGGGACACAAGCGCUUCUGCAACUGGAGGGACUGUCAGUGUCCCAAAUGCAAACUGAUAGCUGAGAGGCAAAGAGUCAUGGCGGCCCAGGUCGCCCUGAGACGGCAGCAGGCUCAGGAGGAGGAGCUUGGGAUUUGUAGUCCGGUGUCUCUGACUGGCCCUGAGGUGAUGGUAAAAAAUGAAGCUGGAGCAGACUGCUUGUUCUCUUUGGAGGGACGAUCCCCAACUCCAACCAGUACCUCUACUUCUUCUCAUGCUGUCACAGGGAGUCGCUCGGCAUUGUCCCCCAGCCCGUCAGCUGGUGCCCGCGCUCAUACUGAGGGAUCGGCAGACCUGCUGCUGGAAACUUCCUAUUACAACUUCUACCAGCCUUCCCGCUACCCCACCUAUUACGGCAACCUCUACAACUACCAGCAAUACCAGCAGAUGCCCCAUGGUGAUGGCCGCGUGUCUAGCCACAACAUGUCUUCUCAGUACCGCAUGCAUUCCUACUACCCAGCAGCCACCUACUUGAGUCAGGGCCUGGGCUCCACCACCUGUGUGCCACCCCUCUUCAGCAUCGACGACAACAACAACAACAACAAUAACAACAACUGCUCUGAGACAAUGGCAGCCUCCUUCUCCCCCAGCAGCAUCACCACUGGUCACGACUCCACCAUGACCUGCAGGUCCAUCAGCUCCCUGGUUAACUCCGAUGUCAGUGCUGAGUGCGAGGUCGGCAGCGAGACGCCAAACUUCACCAUCGACUCCAUCAUCGAUGGUGACGCCACCAAAUAAAAGAAGCUAAGGAUAACUUUACACAACAAAAGCAUUUACGAGAUCAGUUGAUUAAAGUUACUGCAGUUACUGUUUGCUGCAGGUUUCUCUGUUUCUGUCCAGGAGGCACGAUAACGUAUUUUCCACACCGUAGUUGAGAAUACAGGUUGUCUUCGUAUUUUAGCUAAUUUUUAGCUGUUAAAUGUUUUAUUGAAGCCAGUUCACCAGCAUAGAAAGUGCUCGGAAAGUAAAACAAUGUACACGUUUACAAAUAACAUGCAAUUACUUGAGAAGCAUUCUCCAGAAGAUAAAGAUAACCAAACAUACAUUGAAUAAGUCUCUUGAUUAUCAGUAAUCAAGAUUGGACCAAAUUAUUCAAACUAGACGGUUGUACACUAGUUUUUCCUCUUCGGAAUUAGGCUGUUUGGAUGAACCCUUUAUAAAGGCGACUAAACGUAGAGUAAAUAAGUGACGUGUUGUGUUUUUGUAAAAUUGUACCCUUGUUUUUCCUUUUCGGAAAGCAACUGUUAAUGCAAAGUGAAGUAUUUUUUUUAUUAUCCAAAAGAUAAAGUGACGCAACAUGCUGAAUAAUGGUAUUCAAAUCCUUUUCUAGCAUGCAGUAAAAUUGACCAGUGCAGUUUUGACACGGUAUGGUAUUAGUGGACGAUCUUUUGACAAUCAGAAUACAGGCUUAGUGUUUGCAAUCACCGUUACUUUACAUCUCAAGCACUUAUUUAGAAAUUUUCAAAGGCUAAAUUUGGCCAAGUGCCCUGGUUGACAUGCAAUACAUGUAGCAUUAUUUAGCAAUAGCAAUUGUUUUUUAGUUUGUAUUAGUUUAUUGUUUUUCAGCUUUUGAAGUCUGUUUUGUGGUCCAGUUAACCAGUAGACAAAGUUGAGCCCAUCCUUUUUAGUAAGCACUGAUUUGGUGAUUUGCAGGUCAAAAGAUGUCAAGGUUAAAUAGUAACUCAACACCAGGCUGAAUAGCAGCGUUUUUCUGCCCUUUUUGGUUGACAGUUUCAAGUGGGUUUCACCUGUGUUACCAAACCCAACUGUGAUGUCACGGUGCACCGACACACCCAGGAGUACACAUCUACAUCACUGCAACAAAGGGGAGAAGUUAAACCACUGGAGGUCAGCAAAAUAAAGACGUUCAGGGGGUGUUAGGCUACAUAUAAUAGUUGUUUCAACAGUAUUUAAGUGACUGUGUAUAUAUAUAUAUAUAUAUAUAUAUAUAUAUAUAUAUAUAUAUAUAUAUAUAUUUAUGUAUAUAAAUAUAUAAAUAUUGUCAUUAAGACUUUGUAAAAAACGGAUACUGGAUUUUUGAGGAUGAAAUUUUUGAGGAUGCUAAAAAACUUUUAGCAUACAUCGGAUGCCAAUUUUUCAUAGACACAUAAACAUUUUUGAUAAGGAUUCCUUAAAUUUUAACAAAUUGUGACAAUUAAGAUAAGGUAUAUUUUAUCAGACGUUAUAUAAACUAAUUCAUCUGGUGGUUUAUUUAAUGGUUUCCAAAUUAUUUCAAACAUUUCUUUGGCAUUUCUGUACUGCAAUUACUUGUUGACAUGUACACCACUAUGAAUAUAUCUGCUGAAAUUGGAUAGCCUGAACUAUUUAUCCACCUAGCUCUAUCAAAAACUUUCAAACCAAAUAUUGCCCAGAUUUAUGCCUAAACUAAUGCCAAAGACAUCUUUUGACCUGUUUGUACAGUAUGAACAACGAUCAGAUAGUUUUGGAAAAAUAUGUGAAAACGGCAUUUCCUUUUGUCCGGUAUAAAUAAAUGUGUCACUGAAUUAAAGUAGAAAACAUCUCUGAUAGAGACUCUGGGAUAUCCUCCUGCAGGACGACGUGUGACUGGAGGGUUAGCGGGGAGAAAAACAGGCAGGUUAGACAUAAAUCAUGUUUCCCUCCGUUGCGUUGGCAUGUGAUGAGCACCGGCUGCUUAUUUAUGGCACCGAUCCAGCAGCAUCAUUUAUUCCACAGAAUUUGCAUGUCUAUUGUAUAUUUAACCCCUUCAGGCCUGGAGUUUUACUGAACACAUGGGUUACUGUUUACACAGCUUGGUACGGCCUUGUAGAUACAGCGGUAGCUGAGGACCUGGAUUUGUAGCAGUGAUGUGUAGAGUUGAAACAAUUUGUUGAUUAGUUGACCCAGAAAAUGAAUCAGCAACCAUUUGAUAAUCAGUUAAUCAUUUAAGGCAUUUUUCAAGCAAUGUUGUCUUAAAUUGAAGUCAAUUUUCUUUUGGAUUUGGACUGUUGUGUGAUGUCACUUUGGGAUCUGGGAAAAUGCCACUUUGCAUUGUUUUCUGAUGCUUUAUAGACCAAAUAACUAAUCAAUUAAUAAAUAAAUAAUUAGAUUAAUCUAUAAUAAAAAAUGUCAAAAAAUUGUUAGUUGUGUUUUUUUAACAUAAAUACCUGGUCACAGUUUUGCUUUGUGUAAGUAAAUACCCCAAAAGCAGUUUUUUCAUUCCAUGAACUAAUGAAUGUAAUCCUGUGUUGCCCACUUUUGAGUUGUGUUGUUUGAGUGUUAAUUAAAAAAAACAACUCAUAUGAGAUUUUGCCAACUUUUCUGCCUUUGUGAAGCCGACUAGUACACCACUGUACUGCAUAUCGUUGAUGUGUUUUGUGUUUUAUGUAGAUUCAUUUCCAAUUGCAUGCUUUGAAAGUGUUUAUUUGUGUUUGCGUUUGAAUAAGACAGCAACAAAAGUAAUUUGGAGUCUCGGAGUUUAUGUCGCUACAACUUUUAGGUAAAUAAAAACGCUUUAAAGUGAUGGAGUGUAAAUGUGAUGCUGGAAACAACAAUAUAAAACAGACAAAGAGAA